AUGUCUAGACUAUGUAAAAAUUCAUUAGUUAAUUUCUUAGCUAAAAUCAUUAAACUACCAAUUACUAAUUAUGAGAGUACUACUGCUCCAUCAUCUCUGAUGAGAAAAAAAAUAAAGGAGCUGUUAAAAGAGUCGUUUAGUGCUGAUGAAAUUAAUGAGUUUAUGGAAAUUGUUAAAUCAUCUCAUCAACCAAAACGUUUAUUAGAUGAAAUGGAAAUAGAAAAAAUAAAAGAAGCUAGAAAAGUUUCAAAAGAAGAUAAGUUAGGGUGUAGAGUUCAGUCUUCUCGUUGUAAUUCAUUUAAUGAAGAUAUCUCAAAGUAUGAAAAACAAAGUGUUAGAAGUUCUUUAAAACACAAACAAAAAGAUUUUCAUAAAAAUUCAAUAACAGAAAUAAAGAAAAUAAAAGAAAGUGCUCCUCAUAUUCACUACUAA